AUGGUUUCUCCCCGUGCUCGGCGUGGGCUUCUCGCACUUGAGCGCCCAACAAGUCUCCGUGCUCCAGCCAGCGCGCAGCCGCGACUGAGGCCAAACGCAGAGCAACGGGAGCACGAUGUGCUGGGCCCCAGAGCCCUAGGCCGGGCUGAGCCCAGGACUGCGCGGUGCCAGCCUCCUUCCCCUCUCGGUGGCCCCGGGGCUGCGCUCGGUCGGAGCAUCUUCAGCCCCGCAGUGGCUCGGACCCGAUGCUACGGGAGAGGAGCGAGCCCGGCGCGCAGAGCUGCGGGAGGCGUCGGAUGCGCGGCCGGGCUGGGGACCCGGAGCUCUCGCCAGCUCGCCUUGCCCUCUGGUGAUUACCGGGCUGUGUUUAGAGCCCGGUCUUUCCUUGGAGGAGACCGGCGCAUCCGAGAGGAGCCAUCCGUGUCGUGUGCGUGUGGAAUAUCUGCAGACAUGACUGCGUGGAGGAAAUUGAAGUCGCUGCUCCUGCCUCUGGUGCUAGUGGUUCUGUGCGCGGGGCUCCUCACUGCAGCUAAGGGUCAGAACUGUGGUGGUCUGGUCCAGGGACCCAAUGGCACCAUUGAGAGCCCCGGCUUUCCUCAUGGUUAUCCUAACUAUGCCAACUGCACCUGGAUCAUCAUCACUGGGGAGCGCAACAGGAUACAGCUGUCCUUCCACACCUUCGCCCUAGAGGAGGAUUUCGACAUCUUAUCGGUGUACGAUGGGCAGCCCCAACAAGGGAACUUGAAAGUGAGGCUGUCAGGAUUCCAGCUGCCCUCCUCCAUUGUGAGCACCGGGUCUCUCCUCACGCUCUGGUUCACCACGGACUUUGCAGUGAGCGCACAGGGUUUCAAGGCCAUGUAUGAAGCUUUACCAGAGGAGAUAAAUGCAAGGGUUCCCCGAAUGAAGCUGUCAUCCCAGAGCAGGGGUCCUCUAAAGGCACUGGCCCUUGUCAACAAGAUCCAUCUCUGUACACCUGAGACAUGCUGGGAUUAUCAUGGAGGACCUCGGAUCCAGAAUUACAGCCCCAGGUCGGCCAACGUGUCAUAUCUGAGGCUUCGGUUGCACUGUGGGGGACUAUUCCACUCUGAGGCGGUCUCCACUGCCUCUGACCUGAUCAGCUGCUGCCUGCCUCUCUGA